GUAAAACCGGUUUCAUUGUCCUCGAGUCACACCGGCAGAUUCACCGGAAAAAUCGAAACUUUUAGUGAGAGAAAACUCCAUUUCGAUUUCACUUUCUGCCGCCAAGUUUUGUUCUUCCUUAUCUUCGUAAGACGACGAUGGGUCGGCCUCCAAGUAACGGCACUCCAGCGUUUCGAUUCAACCUCUCUGAGGUAACGGAGAUGGAAACAGUUUUGCAACAGCAUGAUACAGCAAUGCCAGGUCGUCAUACUCUUGAAGCUCUUGCUGAUAAGUUUAGUAACACUGUGGAGCGGAAGGGGAAAACUGUUGUGCAGUUCAAACAAAUAUGGAACUGGUUUCAGAACAGGCGAUAUGCUCUGAGAGCAAGAGGGAACAAAGCUCCUGGGAAGCUAAAUGUAACUUCCAUGCCGCGUGGUUUGGAUCCUACUAACCAUAUGAGAAAUGUGCUUCCACCAUCAUCAGGUGCUAAGUCCACUCAUAUGACUGGAUCCGUCAUGACGCCUUCUCAUUCCGGUAUAUCAGUUCCAGGUGUCAUGAGGAGUGGUUCAGACAAUUCUUACUUGGAAUUUGAAGCCAAAUCUGCCAGGGAUGGUGCAUGGUAUGAUGUACAAUCUUUCCUAGCUCAUAGAAACUUGGAGAUUGGUGAUCCGGAAGUGCAGGUACGAUUUGCAGGUUUUGAAGUUGAAGAAGAUGAAUGGAUAAACGUCAAGAAGCACGUUAGGCAAAGGUCACUCCCAUGUGAAGCAUCAGAAUGUGUUGCAGUUCUUGCUGGAGAUCUCGUGCUUUGCUUCCAGGAAGGGAAAGAUCAAGCUCUUUACUUUGACGCCACUGUUCUUGAUGCACAAAGAAGGAGACACGAUGUCAGAGGUUGUCGUUGUAGGUUCUUGGUGCGGUACACCCACGACCAGUCCGAGCAGGAGAUCGUUCCCUUGAGGAAGAUUUGCAGGCGGCCAGAGACAGAUUACAGACUACAGCAACUUCACAGUGCUGUAAAUGACUCUGCUAACUCGAAUCAGCUCCAGAAACCCCCUCCAGAUGCGGCUGCAAUGACUCCUGUUUCACAAUCCGCCGCCUCGGUUCCUAUUGUUUCACCUGAUGUGAAAGAUCCGAGCUUGAGUGCUGCUUCAGUUCAACCUAGCUCCAAUGCAGCCACUGUCCCCGCUGGUCCUACUGCAUAGGCCAUCAAGCUAUGUAUGUCUCCAUUUGGUAACUAUAUUCACUCUCACUAGCUAGAGUUGUAGAGGUUAAACUUGGGGAUCACGAGCUUUUUUGUAAUCUUACAGAAUGACCCCAAGUCACAUCUUAAACUGUAUCAUGCUAUUUUAUUUAAUCGUUCAUGAUGAUGGAAUACUUGUGGUUUAGUCCGGUUUGUUCAUCAUUCAAGAAAGUCAUGUGUUUCUCUGUAGUAAUAUUGAGUCAAUGGGUCGAAUUACAAACGAAAAUAUUUUCUUGUCCUCAAAAUGAUAGUAUCCUCGACUUAAAUGUUGAUUGGCUUCUUUUCUUGUCCUCAAUU